GUUCAGUUUAUAACAAUUUCAGGAUGUGGACACUUUUGGUUUGGUGAAAAGUGUGAUCAGAUGUGUAACUGUCGGACACCUCGUGAAGUCUGUCACAAGAUAACGGGGCAAUGCUCGAGUGGAUGCCCUGAUGGCUUUACGGGAAUGGAUUGCUAUACAGUAUGUCCAAGGGGCCGGUUCGGAGAAGGAUGUUGGAGUGUCUGUCACUGUAAGAAUGUGAGCUCUUGUAACAAUGUAGACGGGACGUGCCAGUGGGAAGGCUGCAGUGCUGGAUAUAAAGGAGACAAUUGUCAGGAAGCUUGUCCAAGAGGUUGGUUCGGAGAAGGAUGUCAGAGUGUUUGUCACUGUAAGAACGUGGUCUCUUGUAACUACGUAGACGGGACAUGCAACAGUCAAGGAUGCGCUGCUGGAUACAAGGGAUACAACUGCCAGGAAGUAUGUCCAAGAGGUUUGUUCGGAGAAGGAUGUCAGAGUGCCUGUCACUGUAAGAACGUGAGCUCAUGUAACAAUGUAGACGGGACAUGCAACAGCCAAGGCUGCGCUGCUGGAUACAAGGGAUCCAACUGUCAGGAAGCUUGUCCAAGAGGUUGGUUCGGAGAAGGAUGUCAGAGUGUUUGUCACUGUAAGAACGUGGACUCUUGUAACUACGUAGACGGGACAUGCAACAGUCAAGGCUGCACUGCUGGAUACAAGGGAUACAACUGCCAGGAAGUAUGUCCAAGGGGCUGGUUCGGAGAAGGAUGUUGGAGUGUCUGUCACUGUAAGAAUGUGAGCUCUUGUAACAAUGUAGACGGGACGUGCCAGUGGGAAGGCUGCCGUGCUGGAUAUAAAGGAGACAAUUGUCAGGAAGCUUGUCCAAGAGGUUGGUUCGGAGAAGAAUGUCAGAGUGUCUGUCACUGUAAGAACGUGGUCUCUUGUUACUACGUAGACGGGACAUGCGAUAGGGAAGGAUGCGCUGCUGGAUACAAGGGAUCCAACUGCCAGGAAGGUAAUAUGACUAUUAGAAAGCUGCAGAACUUCAAGCGGAGAUUUCUGGCCAAAAAUUCAUAUUCGAUAUACCCAUUCGAUACCCAUGCCACACGAGGACCUGCUCUCGUCGACGUGAUUGGCAACGUGUUGUUUUCACGGAUGAAAGCCGCUUCUGUCUGUUCCGAGCCGAAGGCAGACAGCGAGUUUAUCGUCGAAGAGGCGAACGAAUGGCUGCAUCAUGCGUCCAGAAGGUGGUACCCUUGUCCAAGAGGUUGGUUCGGAGAAGAAUGUCAGAGUGCCUGUCACUGUAAGAACGUGGUCUCUUGUUACUAUGUAGACGGGACAUGCGAUAGGGAAGGCUGCACCGCUGGAUACAAGGGAUCCAACUGCCAGGAAGCUUGUCCAAGAGGUUGGUUCGGAGAAGGAUGUCAGAGUGUUUGUCACUGUAAGAACGUGGACUCUUGUAACUACGUAGACGGGACAUGCGAUAGGGAAGGAUGCGCUGCUGGAUACAAGGGAUACAACUGCCAGGAAGUAUGUCCAAGAGGUUGGUUCGGAGAAGGAUGUCAGAGUGUUUGUCACUGUAAGAACGUGGACUCUUGUAACUACGUAGACGGGACAUGCGAUAGGGAAGGCUGCACCGCUGGAUACAAGGGAUCCAACUGCCAGGAAGCUUGUCCAAGAGGUUGGUUCGGAGAAGGAUGUCAGAGUGUUUGUCACUGUAAGAACGUGGACUCUUGUAACUACGUAGACGGGACAUGCGAUAGGGAAGGAUGCGCUGCUGGAUACAAGGGAUACAACUGCCAGGAAGUAUGUCCAAGAGGUUGGUUCGGAGAAGGAUGUCAGAGUGUUUGUCACUGUAAGAACGUGAGCUCGUGUAACAAUGCAGACGGAACAUGCAACAGCCAAGGCUGCGCUGCUGGAUACAAGGGAUCCAACUGCCAGGAAGCUUGUCCAAGAGGUUGGUUCGGAGAGGGAUGUCAGAGUGUUUGUCACUGUAAGAACGUGAGCUCGUGUAACAAUGUAGACGGGACAUGCAAUAGGCAAGGCUGCGCUGCUGGAUACAAGGGAUCCAACUGCCAGGAAGAAUGUACUGGUGGCCAUUUUGGAGAAGGAUGUGUGGGUGUUUGUCACUGUCAAAACGAGGCUUCAUGUAAUGAGGUAAACGGGACAUGUGAUGAAGAAGGCUGCGAGGCCGGAUACAAGGGAGAAAACUGUCAGGAAGGGCAGUGUUUAUCAGGGAUACCGCCAUGUGAAUUGACCUGCCACUGUUCCCGUUCAGACCUAAAUCCUUGCCCCACUGGCGUUCAGAAUGGCUGUGCUACAGAUGGAUGUCGGCGUAGGUGGAGCGGAACUCUGUGUCAGAGAAGAAAUGUUGCUUCGAGAGCCAUAACGAAGAAGGUGGGAUCAACAUCGCAACAAUCCCGGAAACAUUCGUUUGAUGGCGACAAGAGCCCUAAGCUGUGGAGGCAACUUCAAUCGUUAGGGGUCGUGUACUCCAUUAAUAUAACCAUGUGGGUCACAGACAACCAGUCUCUGAAUGCCGAGUUCCAUAUCGAGGUCGACAGAACAUCAAACUUUAACACACCUCUUGUGUGUUAUACCGGCAUUGUAACUUCUGCUUCAGCGGAGCACGUAUUCAAUUGUUCGAAGCCCGUGAUUGGUCAGUUCGUCAGGAUACUGGUUCAGGGCCACACCAAACUCUUUGUACAGGAAUUUGAGAUUUACAGGUGUGGUAAAUAUUGGUUUGGAUAUGAAUGCGACCGUUUGUGUAAUUGUCGGAACGCCACGGAAGUCUGUGACGUUACCAACGGGACAUGUAGAAGUGGCUGUCCAGAUGGUUUUACUGGAAUAGACUGUUAUUCAGUCUGCCAGCUUGGGAGUUUCGGAAAGGAUUGUGCACUGGAAUGUCACUGUAAGAAUGAGCAUUCCUGUAACAAAGUAGACGGGACAUGUGAUAUAGAUGGCUGCGCUUCCGGAUUCAAGGGAGACACGUGCCAGGAAGAGUGUUCUUUGGGCGAGUUUGGGGAAGAAUGUCUCAACGAAUGUCAUUGUAAGAACCAAGAAUCCUGUAACAGAGUGACCGGUCAGUGUGGGGAUGAUGGUUGUGCUGCAGGGUACAGAGGGCACACGUGUCAGAAUGAAUGUGAUUUCAACACAUAUGGAGAGAACUGCUUACAGACCUGUGGCAGUUGCCUGGAUGGAGACGAAUGCAACAAAGUGAAUGGAAGCUGUCUGCUAGGGUGUGAAAAGGAGUUCACUGGUGAACUGUGCCAGGAACCGUUGACUUCCGAGACUUCAGGUGGCUCAAUGGCAGGAGGCAUUGUGGGUGCUAUUCUCGGGGUCUUGUUCCUCCUUCUGGUGGCUGCUGUUAUCCUCUACCGUAGGAGGUCCAGAAAGGGCCGACUGAACGAAGACGUGAACCAAGGAAAUGACAACCCAUUGUGCCAGUCUGUACCGAAUGAUGCCGCUGUACAGUUGGGAAAUGAUGGUGCCAUAUAUACUAAUAGCUCAGACGUGUCUGUGUCACACAUGUCAGUCCAUGCCAGGAAUCUGCUGGCCUUUGUCAACCAGAAACUAUCUACAGGUCAAUUACCAGAGGAAUUUAAGAAAUUACCCACAGGGCUUGUGGAAAAAACCGACGAUGCAAACAAACCGUACAAUAUCAAUAAAUGUCGAUACAAGGGAAUUUUACCAUACGACCAUAACCGGGUGUAUUUAACUGUUCAAGAUGGGAACCCCAAAACAGACUUCAUCAACGCCUCCUACAUAAAUGGCUAUGGAAAGGUAAAAGCGUUUAUUGCGUCUCAAGGCACCAUGGCCGUGAAUAUUGCAGACUUCUGGAGAAUGGUUUGGGAGAGAGAGGUUGGGAAAAUCGUUAUGCUUGCACGUCUGUUUGAGAAAGGCAAGUUGAAGGUGCUCCAGUACUGGCCCGAUGAAGGAAUAAGACAAUUUGGGGAGAUCUCCGUGGAAACCAUUGAUACUAAGAGCUGUGUGGACUACACUGUUAGGACUUUAAAAGUGCAAAUGGGUGAUGACGUUCGGACAAUCACUCAGUUUCACUACUUGGACUGGCCGGAUCACGCUGCACCACGUGACACAUCAGGUAUAAUAGCGCUGAGGGAGAAAAUAAACAAGUCCCACUCAGAUCACCACGGACCAAUCAUUGUCCACUGCAGUGCUGGUGUUGGCCGAACUGGAACAUUUAUCGCCUUUGAUUAUCUGAUAAGAAAACUGGAAGCAGAACAAGUGGUGGACAUAUUCCAGACCGUGGUCGACUUAAGGCAUCAGCGGACAAUGUUAGUCCAGAACAUGGACCAGUACAUUUUCCUGCACAAAGUUCUGCGGGAUGCCUAUAUCUCCCGGGGGUCUUGUGUGACGAUCCAUGCUCUUAUGAGACAGGAAAUGCACUCUGUCGAAUUUGCCACAACUGUCAAUGAAAAAUACAAGAAACUGGAGGAAUUGCGAUCACCUUAUGACGAGAAUUUGUAUUCGAUGGCGCUAAGUGAGGAGAACAAGGGAAAGAACAGAGAUCCCAACUGUGUCCCAGCUGACAUGGACCGAGUGUGGCUAUCUACCCCUGUCCCUGGGCGCAGUGAUUAUAUCAAUGCCAUGUUUGUUCUGGCUGAAGGAGAAAACAACGGUUUCGUUACAACUCAGAUGCCCUUUGGUGACACGCGAAUAGACUAUUGGCGUUUGGUAUAUGAACAGAAAAGUUCACUUAUAGUUCUUUUGAACUCUCUGACAGAGGCGGAUGACACGUACUGGCCCACAGACGAGACUGCGCCGUUAGAAAUUGGACCGUUCACGAUAGCCUUGUUAAACGCUGAGAAUAGUGCAUCAAUGACCGAAUGGAAACUCACUUUAACAUAUAACAGGAUGAACAACCCUGCACAUCUGGUUAACUUCUGUUGCUUCACGGGAUGGCCUGAGGGAGAGGACGCCCUUCCCUUCCCGAGGGUCAUGGUCCAACUAAAAGCUGACGUGUUCAGAUGGCAAAGCUGUACCCAAUGCUGGUCCAGUCAUUAUACAUUGCAGAAAUGGCAGCGACCGUACAUGUUUGUAUUGUGUUGUUGACUUCCUUUUGGAGCACCUGAAGCACGAGAGAUCUGUUGACAUUCUACUGACGGCUAAGAGAUUCCGGGAGUACUUCCCCAACGGUCUUAAGUCACAGAAUCAGUAUCACUUUUGCUAUUUGGCAGCGAGAGCUUUCUUGGAGAAUCACCAAGCUUAUGUAAACUGCGUGUAACAGAACUGAAAAGGGGCUUGUUUCAGGGUUCGGCCUUAAAGGCAUCGUGUCCAAACAGCAGUGAGUAUCGAUUCUAAACUAUCAAAGAUCGAAUGAUAUUAUCCGAUAUGAAACAACGAUAUAGUCCGUUUUCUGUUAAUAUAUGAAUUUUUACACUACCCAUCGUCCACCCUCAUGGAAAAGCCGGAAAUCGAGCGGAGAUCUCCGAUGUGUGUCCUGAAAAUACGAUAACUCAGUAACUGCUGCUUCAAUCUUGACAUAUUACACACCGCUGAAUAGAGAAAGACAAUAUCAUUCGAUCUGUGAGUCGAUGAUUUGAGUCGAUACUCAUUGACGUUUGACCACAUUGACCAGACCGGAUCUCAGACCGGAUGAGCGGAGCUCAGACCGGUUUUUAGGCUGAGCCUUGUUUAAGACUGUUAGGGAAUUAAACAGAGAUUGUUACAGUAUUCGAGACAGCGGGCGUCUGGACACUUGCCGUUUUUGCUCCCUCCUACACUGAAGCUUUACUCGUGCAGACAUGGCGGUGAAAACAUCGUGUAAACAACCUGGAAGUUAACGCAAAAGAUCUGCUUCAUGGCCAAAAUUAUACUUUGUGGACGUUCACAAUUGCACUAUGCAGAAUGUUUUCUUGUCGGACAUACUAGAAUUUCUGGUCAUUAUCAGGCAUACAUGUAGUCCUUAGAAUGUCAUUUAUUGUUUUUUUCAUUUCCCUAUACCUCAGUUUCCAUGUUAUCUUUUACGUCAUCAAGUGUAGCUAUUCACAGUUUGGCAGUGAUGUCAUUGCUUGUCUGAGCCAGUUGUCAGCAAUUUUUUAAUCACGUGACUAGAGUAGGUAAAAAACAAACAGGAUUUAACCCUGGAGAGAUAGGCAUUGAUUGAAGAUGAUUUAAGCUUAAAAAAUGAAACAUAUAGCUUUUAGGUGCGAAAUUCUUUCUGGAAAAGUAAUCAGGAUAUAUAUAGCCUUCAGGUACGACAGUUUCAAUGUCCUGGAGUGCUUUACACUUUAAAAUCUGCAUAAAUCAGCAUUUGGCCCAUUUAGCUCAAUGCUGUGUAUCACCUCCUGCUCCUUGAGAGGAACACAGGUGGUCAAAACUACAAACUGCCGGCAGUGACUGAAGUGCGCGUCUCAAAUGGGAACGCUAAAUUUAUAACUUGGUUUUUACUUCUACACUUAUCGUGGUUAUUUUUUUGGCUCAAGAGGAAGUAACACAAUGUAUUACUGUAUAAGUUUGAUUUAUAUUAUCAAACAGUUGCUAUUUGACUUUAACACUGUAUAUGAUUUUUGGUAUGAUUUUCAGCAAAUUUUUUAGAUAUGUCAUGAUUGUGGUCAUGUGGGGGAAAGCGGCGUAUAAGCCCAAUCGUCAUUUUAAGAACCUCAGGGUCUCGCAUAGAUUUAGGCGAGACAAGGUGGGGGCUCUAGCCAACCACACUGACUAGAAGACAUGAUUUUACAGUAGGUGCCAACGUCACCGUUGAAUCGACAGACAGACGUAUAUUCAGUCUUGAAACUGCCUUUAAAACACACUUUUUACCUACAUUAGUUUGCGAGACCCCCACCCUGUCUCGCCUAUAUCUGCGGGAACUUGCGAGAACCCCUGAAAUGCUGAUUAAGUUUACUGCAUGGCAUUGGUGUGUGUUUCGGCUUUUUAGUUUAGACUGGCACGUAUGUAUUAUACCAUGUAGGGGCCUACACCUUCACGUUACUUAUAGAUGUAAAUGUGUAUAGCCGCAUUCAAAGGAUUCUAUUUGUCACAUUGUCUCAUCGAAUUAGCCCAGUGAAGCGAAAAUAGGACAAACGCUAGUUUUGGUGACCGAUUCGGUAACCUAAGGGUUAGAGUGUCAAAUUCGGGAGACCUUGGGUCACACCCACUAAGAGUCAUUCUAAAGACUUUGAGAAUGGUACUUGUUGCUGCCUCACUUGGCGCGCAGCACUGAGAGAUUGGAGCAAGGAAACAGUACUGGUUGGCCCGGUGUCAGUGUAAAGUGACUGGGUGCGGUGUCAUGUCUGGUGUCUUCAGCGUUGUACUUCUGUGUCGGUAGCACUUUGACAACAUGACUCCUCGCCAUCAUAUGACUGAAAACAUGUUAAGUUCGACGUAAAACUCAAAGCGUACUUACAUACUUAUUAUUUUUCACAAGAUUAAACCAUGUUCAAUUAGUGCUCUGUUAUUUUUCACAUCACAUUCUACAAAUUGUAUGAAAUUCUUGUCCACCUUACCGUAAUCAGGUUGCUGAACACAAAGUUAUACAGGCCGGGAUGUGUGUGCGUCUGCGUGGUGGGGUUAUCUUGAGAGCUAGUUGCCACUUAUUUCGAGAGUGCAGCUAUUUUCCACUGACAGACCCAGCCUUGGACCCUCAUUGAAAGUGAUACAUGUUCUUAUAUGAGUUUAAAACCAAGCUUUUACAGAUUGAGCUGGCUUCCUUUCCAGUUAUAUGUGGGAAGGUCUUGCGGCAACCAGCGGACAGUGGUGGAUUUCUUUGGAGUGUUUGAGUGAUCAGGGUUUAACGUCGUACUUAACAAUUUUUCAGUCAUAUGACGACGGAGGAGUCCUUAGAGUGCAUGUAUGUGUAAUGUACCGCCUUGUUGCUGGACGGAUUUCUACCGUUCUUUUUAUCUAGUGCUGCCGAGACGGCUUAAAUACCAAAGACAAGUAACCGGCCCCACCCAAGCCAUUAUACUAAUACAGGGUCAACCAGUCGUUGCACUAUCCCCUUAAUUCUCAACGCCAAGCGAGGAAGCUACAACUUCCUCUUUUAAGGUCCCCGGUGUGACCCAACCAUUGAGCAUUGAGUGUAAAACCAGAUGGUCACACAUGACCGCCUUCGUGUAAGCUGGGAUUAAGAGACUGUCUUAAAUAAAUAAAACAAAUAAAUUUACAGUUAGAAACUGCAAUGGAAAUAUGAUUUCAAUAUUUAAGAUGUGAUUUCUUGUUAUGCAUUUGUACCUGAUAUGUUCAUAUUUCCAUUCUAUGUAUUUCUUUAUAUGUACGUGUGUGUAUUAUCUGUUGAUAAAUAAUGAACUUUAUUGAUGCGCUUAUAUUUUUAUUUUUUUAAUCUACCUUAUAAAGGUCAUUUACAACACGAGUUUGUUGUAGCUUUUUGUUGUAGAGGAGGUGGAAGGGGUAAAACAAUAGGGUUAAAUGUUGCCUAUCUUGCUUAAACCACAGCAUUUGCACUUAUUGAUUGAAAUAGAUUUUUUUUAUUUUUGUUUGUAAUUUAUUUACUUUUGUUUCUCACAUGUGUAUAUGAUUGUUUAUAAAUUCUUAUUACAAAUGUUACAAAACUUUUCAUCAGACAUGUUAUCAUGAACAUAUGUUGGGAGCUAGGACUGAACAUUCUGUGGGGUUUUAACCAUUAAUGAAUAUUCAAUGCGGAAGAAUAUUUAAAUGCAGUUUUUGUGUAUUGACAUACAUUUGUAAGGCAUGAGAAUACAACUGGAGUUAAAUUGUAUGGAUACAACUAAAAUUUUAUUGUUAUAUAAAGAAAGUUUUCUUGAUACAGUAAGGGUCUCUGUGGCCGAGGUGGCCAGCGUGCCAGCGCGGCGCAAUGACCCAGAAGUCUCGCACCAGUGCGGUGGCUGUGAGUUGUCCAGCUCAUGCUGGCCUCCCAGCAACCAGUGGGUGGUCUUGGAUUACCCCUAUUUUCUCUCGCUAUAAUGCUGGCCGCUGUCGUAUAAAUGAAAUAGUCUGGAGUACGGCGUAAACCUCCAGUCCACAGUAUAUUAUAAAAAUUUCAAUUAUGAUUUCUGUUUGUUUUUUUUUUUAUAAAUGAGCAAUGCAAUUAUAAACUGCUCUUCAUGCAUUACAUUGUUUAGACAUGUUGAGAUUUGUUAUUGUUGGGAAGAGAACUUCCCAGGUUACUGGAAAUUCCAGUUUUUUCUCCAUAUUUGUAGCACACACGUAUCUAUUGUAUGUCUUGAAAAGUCAUGACAGAGUUCAAGGUUGCUCAGAAGACUGAAUAAAUGAUCUAAAAUCUA